AUGUCUCACUUCGGACGUUCGGGUCCCCCAGACAUCUCCGACACAUACUCUCUUCUCGUUCUGAACAUCACCUUCCGUACCACAGCGGAUGAUCUAUUCCCUCUCUUCGACAAGUACGGGAAGGUCGUCGACAUCUUCAUCCCCAAGGAUCGAAGGACUGGUGAGUCGAGGGGUUUUGCGUUUGUGCGUUACAAGUAUGCUGAUGAGGCGCAGAAGGCCGUUGAUAGACUGGACGGAAGAAUGGUUGAUGGCCGUGAAAUAACGGUCCAGUUUGCGAAAUAUGGGCCUAAUGCUGAGAGGAUUCACAAAGGAAGGAUUAUUGAAACAGCCCAGAGAUCACGUUACCGGUCAAGAAGCCGUAGUCCCAGGAAAAGAUAUCGUGAUGAUCACAGAGACCGUGAUUAUAGGAAGAGAAGUCGCAGUAGAAGCUAUGAUAGGUAUGAACGUGACAAGAACCGAGGGAGAGACAGAGAUUAUCGUCACAGAAGCAGGAGCCGCAGUACCAGUCUUGAUUACAAGGGUCGUGGGAGGGGACGCUAUGAUGAUGAGCGCCACAGUAGAAGCCAGAGCAGAUCAGUUGAUAGCCGCACCCCGGCACGACGCAGUCCUAGUCCUCGGAAGAGUGCUUCCCCCCAGAGGAGUGCUUCCCCUCGAAGGAGUAUUUCCCCUAGAAAAAGCCCACGGGGUGAAAGUCCAGCUAAUCGUAGCCGUGAUGGUCGUUCUCCUACCCCAUGCAGUGUCUCACCACGCGGUCGCCCUGAAGCUUCGCGAAGCCCUUCCCCUCGAAAUUCAAAUGGUGAUGCGCAUCUUGACUUUGUUGCUGUUGAUGCUGUUUCUAUGUCAUUGAUGAUUGGUCGUGAAUUUGAUGCUGGUUGCAAGAGUAUGCUGCUGACUGUUGCUGCCCUCUUUGCUGAGAUCGGGUUGGCAAUGAGUAUUGAAGAGGUGUUAUGCUGGCUGCCAAAGUUCGCAGAACCGAUGAAACACUUUUCUCAAUCUAAGUAA